AUGCUAGGGAGUUCGUCGAGAUUCCCGGGCCAAGAAGCAGCUCCAUUGUCUGUGACGAUGGAGGUAGAAGAGGAUAUCGAACAAGAGAUAGAGAGUUUCGUACGGUUCAAGCGACGCAGAGAAUACGAAAAAGCCGAGGAAAUAUUUAAGGAAAUGCUCUCAGCACAUCUUUCCCUCUUUCCAGUCAUUGCCGAAUACGCGGACCUACUCUUGGUGCAAGAGAAAUAUCGAAUUCUCUCGGAGUUCCUGGAUAUUCAAAUCCAAUACAUGGAGCCAGUACUUGAAGAAGAGGAAGUUGAGUUGUUGCAAAUUAUGAGGUCUCUCGUUCACAUUCAUACUUGCGGUUCAUUACGGCCGGCUUUGAUACAGGCAGAUCGGACCUGGACGUUCCUGUAUCAGCGGAGUGUAAAGCUCACUGUAGGUGCACUUCCUAGUGAUGUAGAGAUUCAUGUCUUUGAGAUCUAUAUCAGGAUUAUGGUCUUUGCUGCGAUGAAUUCCAACUGGGUGAGGAUGAAUGACAUGAAAUGCCCGUGGGCGUCGGAGGAAGACUCCGACAAUUACGGCUUUGUGCAAUGGUACUCAAUUUUAUGCUGUAACGGGCAUACGUGGAGUGCUUCUCAAGUACUGAUCCUUCUCCUACAAGCCCUGCCACUCUUCGGAGAGCAAGAUGUUGCGGUUCUAUUUGGCAAGCACUGCUUUGGAGAAAUACCGAAUAAACAAGCCCUCUGCAAGAUGAGCGAACUGAAUCAAUUGAUUGCGUGUUCCGUGUCGUUCAGCAGGGCACAAGUGCUUCUUGAUCUGUCAUUGAGAAUACGAAAAUUUGAUCCUGAUGAAGACUGGUGGACAGUGAUCUAUCAGGCUGCAAUCUAUCGGGUUGCAGCCUACUACCAUCAUGCCGCAAACUUCUUGCCCACGAUCAUGCGCCGUUACGAACUCAAUGCAAAUGUUCAGAAAUCCCAAUUCGAGCUAGUGCAAGAAUCUCUCAUCAAUGAUCGCCAUCUCACAACAUUUCCUGAUCUUGGGUAUGAUGAUUACAUGAUAGCCCUCGAUCAGCAUGAUCCUCGAUGCUUGAUUAUCUCUUUUUUUAAUUAUCUCCUGAGAGUUCAUCGCAGGGCGAAUGGCGGCUUAAAAGACCCGAGAGCAGUUUUUAAUCUGCAGCUUCAUGAUCAAGUAAACAUGAUAGGCUUCAUUCAAACAUUUGAAUUGAGCCUUACUCUUACGCGCAAUUGCCUCACAGCCACCAUUUUUGGCGGGUAUCAGAGAGCCCAGUAUCAGACAGCUAGCUUGUCCCAGGCACCCGACUCUCUCUCACCAAUGCUGAACAUUCCCUUCGUCGAGAGACUCGAUUUCGGAAUGAACGACCCCGAAAUCAGAAGUUUGGUUGACAGCUUGAGCUUAACAUUUCGGAAUAACAUUCCUAGCAUUAUUUCUAAAAUGAGUCCGGUACUUGAGUUUAGGCAGUCACAAGAGCUGAGCCAUACUUGUGGGGAGACUUCUGAGAGUUUUGAUAUUCCAGCAUAUUUGUGGGCAUUACACAAUAUGCCGGAGAGCUCAAAGGAGGCAAUCAUGGUACCUCCGGGGUGGUCGGAAAACCCCUGGUUCAGCGAAUCUUAUGUGGAGAUGAUCAGAAAGUUUCUACCACAAGCUGUCUCUAAGAGUCAGGUCAAACGACUCGCUGAUUGGAUUCUGGGUGCAUGGGGGACGAAAGUUGGAGCAGAGAAGUACACCGAUAAGACACAAGAAACAGAGACCCGCCAAGACAGUUUGGGUUCCAAUUCUACCCCUACUGAAAUCUUCUUGGAUCCUGAUACACAAACCGCCAAGGAGACUGAAUCUAAGCAUGGGGGUAUCCUAGGAAAACGUCCCAUCAGGCCAUCUCAGGAACCCCAAGAGGGAACUACUGCAGGAUUGCAGUUCCCCGUUCCAUCACCGCCAACGGAAGAAAAUACGGUCAAAGAUGAACAAAAGCAGGCGGCUACGAAACCCUCUCCCACAGAAGAUGAAUCUUCUACUUCUUACGCAAAAAUCUGCAAGAAUUUGCGUGCAGAGCUCAUGAGGUGUCUCGAGCGGCCCGAGGACUAUGAGCAUCGGUUCAUCAUACGAGGAGCCGCUCAGAAGGUGUUGCAAGGCAAGAAAAUGAUUCGGCUUUUCGAGUCUCUUCACCUUCCCGAAAUUGGGUUCAGAUUCUCAAAAGGUGACUUAGAGAAAUAUCUCGCGAAAAGUUUAAAUGAGAAGCAUCUACAAGACUUCCUGGCCAUCUUGAUAUUCUCUAUGUACGACAUCGAGGCUGUCCAAAAAUUUGCAAUCAAAGUCCUUGCCACAGAGUCAUGGCCAGCGGAAAGAUGCUCUCUACCAACAAGUCAAGCGAUCCUCAGGGAAUUGUUCGAUGGGCAAAUUGCCUCGUAUCCGUUUCUUGCCAACCAAGCAAUGUUUUGCCCCACGGUGAUAACAAAAGGAUCAACAAUCCUAGUUCCGAGUUUUGAGAAUCAAAGGCUUCCGUAUUUACUUGAAGAACCCCUAGGUGCAAGAUGCCCGGGGUCGGUCUUCAAGGUUAAAAUUGCGCGAGGUCACCUCUAUGAUCCGGUCACUGAAAGUGCGAAUCAAGACCCUGUAGAGGUUGCAAGGAAGGACUACAUUAGGAGUGACAGCGUGAUGUAUCGGGAGUUGCCAGAAUAUCCCGACAUCUUGGAAGCGAUUUUAACACUUGGUAACAAAUGCGAGACCAUCAUUGAAAGCUUCGGCGCCUUAGGCAUUGGCUCGUCAACUUAUAGCCGCUUCAUGCCUCUGGCAAUCUGUGAUCUUGGACAAUACAUGAGGUACAAUCAUCUGAGGGGGCCCGCUACCAGGGCUAGAAGACUGGAAUUUUUCGAAAAUAUCCAUGGUUUGGCGAACGGGCUUCGCUUCUUACAUUCUGGAUUGAAGACAAAAGGAUUGGAUGGCCUUGUCUGUUAUGAUUGUGAUUUGGAACCCGAAAGCGUGUUGCUUUUCCGGGAAAGCACCAGUCAGAGGCUUACAUGGAAGUUGAGUGAUUUCAAAACGUCCCGUGUCAAGUAUCGCCGGCGGGGCGAAGAAAGCGAUAGGGUCAUAGACCUCAAGAAGCAUUUCUCUCGGCCUCGUGAGUCAACAACGGCAAGAUCUCCAACGUCGACAGCCACCAAACGCAGAGGUAAAGGCACAUGCCUUGCGCCAGAGUCAAUUGCAACUCCUCCCAUUAUGAGUCCCAGGAGCGAUGUCUGGUCCCUGGGAUGUGUGAUUAGCAUCGUGUUUACCUAUCUGGAAGAAGGCGCCUCCGGGGUAAGGAAGUACGCCGAAAGCAGAGCAGCAAAUAAAAAGGCCAGUGGUUCUGAUAGAUUUUUCAUUGGCGGAAGAGGCAAGGUCCGACCUUCACGAGCAAGUCCAGUCAUUGAGGAAUGGCACAGCCGUCUCAUCACGAGCGCAAUGCACCGCAGCAGGUGUGAGGGCAAGGCAGUGGAAUCGACUUUGAGAUUUUUGGAAAGCGCAGUUUUUCAAGAGGAGACAAAACGGUGUGAUGCUUAUAGUAUGGAGCAAAAGGUGGUCGAAAUCUGGAAAGCAUACGAGGAAGAGGUCGAGAUCACGGAAGAAAGACAGACCAGCCUAGAGAGAUUUUUGCAAGGUCCCCUAAUUCGUCGAAUUAUCCCUCGCAGGAAAGGACAAGAGGGGCAACAUGAUGAAGACUAG